GCAGUGAUCCGGCCUUUGUUCCGGUCGGAAACAGCGUGUCUGCGGCGGCGUUACGAUCGUUUUACUGACAAAAUAUUAAUACUUGUUAACGUCUGCCGUUGGUCUCGCCAUGGUGAAGCUGUCUGCGGAGCUGAUCGAGCAGGCUGCUCAGUACACGAACCCUGUGAGGGACCGAGAGCUGGAUUUAAGAGGUUAUAAAAUCCCAGUGCUUGAAAACCUCGGAGCCACUCUGGACCAGUUUGACACCAUCGACUUCUCCGAUAAUGAAGUCAGAAAACUGGACGGCUUUCCUCUGCUCAAAAGACUGAAAACUUUACUAAUGAACAACAACCGGAUUUGUCGCAUCGGUGAGAAUCUGGAGCACUCUCUGCCGGGUCUGACAGAACUGGUCCUCACAAACAACAACAUUCAGGAGCUGGGCGACUUGGACCCGCUGGCCUCCGUGAAAACGUUGACUCUUCUCAGCUUGUUAAGAAAUCCAGUGACAAACAAGAAGCACUACAGGCUCUACGUCAUCAACAAAAUCCCGCAGGUCCGUGUGCUCGACUUCCAGAAGGUAAAACUGAAGGAACGCCAGGAGGCAGAGAAAAUGUUCAAGGGCAAACGUGGUGCUCAGCUUGCAAAGGAUAUUGCCAGGCGAACGAAAACGUUCACUCCGGGAGUGGCGGCACAGCUUGAGAAGAAGAGGACGGGGCCGUCUCAGGCAGAUGUGGAAGCCAUCAAGAAUGCCAUCGCGAACGCUUCGUCGCUGGCAGAGGUGGAGAGGCUGAAGGGGAUGCUGCAGGCCGGUCAGAUCCCAGGACGAGACCUGAGACAAGGUGCAGCCGAGAUGGUGGAGGAGGAGGAGGAGGAGGAAGAGGAGGAGGAGGAGGGUGACGCUGCACAGAUGGGGUCACACAUGGAAGGAGGAUCUGGAGAGGAGAUGAAUGAGGGAGAUCAGGAGGACGAAGAAGAAGACAUGGAGGAAGAGCCUCCUGUCAACGGCUCCUGAGUGCAUGGAGUAUUUUUUUUGUUUUUUAUUUCUGUGUUCUGUGAUUUCUUGUGUUGGUCGUGCGUCUGCAGGGCCUUUUUUAUUUUGUAAAUUGACACACAUUAAACUGAUUUCUUAUA